CUCGAGCUGAUCCCCCAACGCACUGCCUAGAAGGUUAACGUUAUUUUUUGCGUCGACCCUGCAGAUCAUGCAGGUGACAGAUAACGACGUUGAGAUGGGGCGUCCGAUCCAAUUCGUGUCUUUCGGUCCCCGGCUAGGUGACCUCGACAAGGGGGAUUAAACAAGAAGCCACUGAUUAGAUUAGAUGGCCACAAUAGUAGCACUAACAAUCCAACAACAAGCAACAAAAUUAAUGAUUGGAAAAGUCGUCGUGUCACACCAAAGUCGACUUCGGUGCAACUGGUAUGGAUGCCGAAAGGAAGAGGGCGAAAAAAAAAGGAACAAGUGGCGAGACCUCUUUCCAUAAGUCGGCGUCCGCCAGGACGGACGACAAGGGAGACUUUUUACAUCUCUCCAACUCGCAUCCCCUUUCUCUGCCAUGAGAAGGGCCACACAUUCGGAACGCGUCAGUUUGGGCCCGUCGGCUGGCGAGGUAUGCGACACAAUGCAAUGAGGCACGCGCCCACGUCGCAUAUAGAAUGCCAGUCUGCCAUGUUUAAUUUGCACCCGUCGAUUGUGUCAUCGCGCACCCCUCGAAGCUGCAUUCCAACCUGGCUCCGUGCUCCGUCUAGGACCGGCCCAUCAUCGUGUUUACACUCUCUACAACGAGCAACGCGACACCAGUUGGCACUCACAGAGGCAAUCGACGUGUCAUGGGCCGCAUUUCAGCUCCUGGGAUGGACUCGUAAUCUGGAAUUCGCCCGUUAUUGGCACCGUAGCCCUGUUUGUCUCUGACUUCCCCGCCAACUCUGGUCACCCAUUCAAUCGAAGAGAGCUUGCCCCUACAGGAACGAUUUUUGCAACUCCAUAUGGGGAGGGUCCAUCGCUACCGCACAACGCCCAGGAGCGUGUGAAUAUGUACAAUGCCUCCAGGAACAAAGACCGAGAGCACAUCAU